AUGGCUGACAAUGGGCCCGAAAACACUCCAAACCCCUCUCCCAACGCCUAUCGCUUCCUCGCGCCCCCGGCCGUCAAUGCUCUCCGUCAGGAAGCUCGCGAUACCAGCAGUGGCAGUCCCUCUCCGCAACCAAUGUCCCGCACGAUCAGCGAAAAUAUCCGCGAAGAACGCCAAGACCUCAAGGAAGCCGCCGAGCAGACACUGAAUGUCAUCGUCGAUCUCGAUCUGGAUGGGCGCAUUAGGUGGGUUAGCCCGUCGUGGAAGGAAGUGGUGGGCACGAACGUCGAGGAUGUUGAGGGUUUGUUGAUUUCAGAGCUUCUGCUGGAUAAUAAAAAGGCUUUUGAGCAUGCGAUUGAGAGGAUGAAAAUUGAUGAUUCGAAGAGUCAUAUUGUUAGAUUUGCGGUGAGGACUGGGCCGGCGUCAUUCCUCAGGCGGGAGACCGGGGAGGGGGAGGGGGAGGGGGACGGGGAGGGUGUAAGUGAAUGGGCGGGUGAUGAGGAUGAAAGGGGAGGCAGAGGAGAAGGCGGAGCGAGAGGGGAAGCCGAAGCGCAUGGGCAAGAGAAAGAGCAAGAGGAAUUGACUGAUGUUGUUCAGGCCCAGGAGAAAGAGACAAAAAGUGAGAGCGAUGAAGACGACCAUAUUUUGAAUCUCGAGGGCCAGGGGAUUAUGGUUUUUGACCGAUCCCCUAGCACGGAGAGUCAUACUAUGUGGAUGCUUCGUCCAUCUACCCAGCCGCGGGAAGUUACAAUCGAUCUUCCUCCACUCCUCGUCGAGUCACUCGGCGUUGGCGCAGAAGUACUUGCCAAUUACCUGACCGCUCUCGCGGAAGCUGGAUCUCGAGAUCCCUCCCAUGUACCUUUUCUCCCGCAAGUGCUAUGUCGAAUCUGCGAACGCCAAAUCCCUUCUUGGUGGUUCGAGAAACAUUCAGAGCUAUGUUUGCAAGAGCAUGGGGCGGAGAUGGAGGUCCAGAUGGCGCAGGACAAUUUGAAUGAACAUCGCCAUUCCAUCGUUAAGGUCUUGGAUGCUUUAGAAGCUCGCAAAAGCAGGUCAGCUUCGGGAGACUCGAGCCCCUUCGCAGGGCCUAAAGCAGAGUAUAAGAAUUUACCCAUUGGACCCUCCAUACCUUCCUCAGGCUUGACUUCGGGCUCGUCAUCCUCUUCAGGAACACCACCACUCUCACGUGAUCCAUCAACAUCAGGUCGAGGACAUGUUCGCACACGCUCUUCCUUUGCUGUUCGACGACCGCUUGCGCGAAUCGUGGAAUUGAUUUUGGAUCUUUGUGAUACCGCCCUGGAAAUUAAUACCCCAGCACUUAAAGAAGCGCGAACCGAGGUCGGUGAGGAAAUUCGAACACAAUCUCCCCAGUCAGAAUCUCGGAUAUCACAGGUUUUGCAGUGGCAAUCUCCCAGUAGCAAUACUCUUGAUCAAGAACAGGGUUUGGCCGCGCUCUCCGCGGACACUGAGCGCUUUGCCCGUGCCAAGGUGGAUGCUGUGUUUCGCCAUCGUCAGAUUGUAGAAUAUAGUGAGCGUAUUCGCGUCGAAUUUACAGUUCUCGUUGAGGAGUGUGUUUCCGCAGCGAUGAGUAAAGCGGAACGCAUUGCUGCUGGGGAACUAAGCGAUUCAUCGGGUUCAUGCCAUAGCGUUGUGGGAGAUUUGCAGGAUGACGGCCAAUGCUCAACACGGUCUCAGGUCCUCGAUGCACCGUCCAACUUGUCAUCCCAGCCAUCCUCGUUGCCUGCUCCGUCUGCAAUAGCUACUACGUUACGAGUCGGCUCAGAACCUCUAUUACACUCUGCUUCCCAGUCGGAGAGACCACAACCUUCGUCUGUCGCUGUCUCGACCCGCUCCAGUAGUCCAAUGGAGUGCCCAACGCCCCGCUCGCAUAGGAGUGUUGGCGGUUUGUUAAGCCAGUCGCAGCAAUCUAAGAGAGGCUCAUUACUCGCUGAAAGUGACGCGGGGGAUAGCGAUAGCAGCAUACUGUCAUCGGUUUUCGCUGGUGCACGACGGACCGAAUCUCCAUCCUCUGAACGGGGAUUAAGUCGUACCACAAGCUCCAAGGACCGUAAACGUCAAAGUCUUAUAUUACCCGGUAUGUCAGUGUCUCCACGCAGAGAAUCCCCCGCCCGAAAUCCACCACAUUCCCCGCUUCGAUUGUCCAAACCGCGGUUAUCUAUGGGCGAAAGCUUCACAUCGCCAAUGACGUCGCCGCUGCUCAGUAACUCUGAGCUUGCUACCCAAAAUACGCAUCCAUAUUAUCCACCACCUCCCCACCAUCAUCGUAGGUUGUCGUCUGCCACUUCUCCUGACCUGGGAAAGACUCCUGUUUCACCGCAUCUUAGCUCUGUAAGUCAUCCGCCACCCCCACGGGCGGUUGCUCCUUCUAUCAAAGACUUCGAGAUCAUCAAGCCGAUUAGCAAAGGCGCAUUUGGCAGUGUCUACCUGUCUAAGAAGAAAUCAACUGCUGAGUACUUUGCAAUUAAAGUCUUGAAGAAGGCAGAUAUGGUUGUCAAGAAUCAGGUUACAAACGUCAAGGCUGAACGGGCGAUCAUGAUGUGGCAGGGUGAGAGUGAUUUUGUCGCGAAGCUCUACUGGACUUUCUCGAGCAAGGAUUAUUUGUACCUUGUUAUGGAAUACCUAAACGGCGGCGACUGUGCAUCUCUGGUCAAAGUUCUCGGUGGCCUGUCAGAAGACUGGGCCAAGAAGUAUGUUGCAGAGGUGGUUCUCGGCAUUGAACAUCUUCAUGAGAGGGGCAUUUUAACUGAUUUUGGCCUUUCGCGUAUGGGACUCGUUGGCCGUCAAAAGCGAAUUCUCAAAAACCCGAAUGAGCCCGCACCGGAUUUGCUUAAGACGGGACCCUUUACUCGCGCAACGUCACUGACCUCGUCGCGCUCGGCCUCGUUUGAUUUUCCAUCAACUCAGUCGCCAAUUUCUACUCCCUCGAUGACUCCCGAGGUUCCUAUGCUGAUGAACCAACCAUCUUAUUUCAGCCUGAAUAAGGAGCCGUCGUUCAAUCGGGAGACGUCGAGACGAGCUUCCGGGCAUCGAAGUGAUAGCGGCGGUAGUGACAGUUUGACAGGGAUGUUUCGGGGGUUUUCACUGUAUGAAGGUGGCGAUACACCGCAUCCCUUGUCAUUUCAACCACAACCGUCAUUCCCUCCUCCACAACCACAGCAACAACAGGGCCACCUCGCCGAGGAAGAGACUCAAAGUGAAGGAAGCGAUUCUCCGCACCUGUUCCCUUUACAGACGGGUACCAGCUAUCCUACAUCCUCGGUGUCUGGUCAGCAUAGUACUCCGCCUCAGCAAUCUUUGAUGCCUCCCGCCAUGGCCCUUUUCGACCCGGAGGAUCAUAAUCGAUGUUUCGUCGGGACUCCUGAUUAUCUUGCCCCGGAAACUAUUAAUGGUGUUGGGCAGGAUGAGAUGAGCGAUUGGUGGUCUCUUGGUUGUAUACUGUUUGAAUUCCUCUACGGAUAUCCCCCCUUCAACGCGUCGACCCCGGACGAAGUCUUCCAGAAUAUCCUCAAUCGCAGAAUUAAUUGGCCUGAAGAAGCUGAUGAGCUGGUGACGCCCGAAGCAAAAGAUCUCAUGAAUAAGUUGAUGACGAUUAAUCCAGAGGAACGACUUGGCUCGAACGCAUCUGAGAAAUUCCUCAAUGGGGGUGCUGAAGUUCGGGCUCAUCCAUGGUUCGCGGAUAUCAACUGGGAUACGUUGUUGGAAGAUGAAGCGCAGUUUGUUCCCGCUCCGGAGAAUCCGGAGGAUACGGAGUACUUCGACGCCCGCGGCGCGACACUUCAAUCUUUUACGGAGGAAUUGGAAGAUCAGCUCUCUCCUCCCGCCGCUACAGGAGGACCGGAUUAUCCUGAUAGACCCCACGAUGCUCUUUACAAAGUUCGCACGCAGGCGAAUUCUCUGAAACGCGGGUUGAUGCCGCUCCAUAUCCCGCCACAUGUACGCGAUACUCGAAGUAGACGACUUAGCGAACCUGUUCUAGCGGAUGACUUUGGGAAUUUUAAUUUCAAGAACCUGCCUGUGUUGGAACGGGCGAAUAAGGAUGUCAUUCAGAAACUACGAAUGGAGGCCAUGCAGGCACAGCAAAGGCAAAUCCCAACGAAUACAUCUGCGUCCAGCUCUGGUCCAUCGCUGGAGGGGAGUCCUCUAUUACCAAUGCCGUUGCAAAGGACCUUGUCGCAGAACAAAGCUACAAAUCGUCCAGGAUCGCCAUCCAGUCUUAGUCAGGCGAAUUCUUCGUCCCCCAGUCGGCUUUCACAGCCUUCAUCACCCCUUCUAGUACAGUUUAGUACGGGCCAGCAUCAUGAACGAAGGAAGACAUCCGGUUCCUCGUCAUUUUCCCAUCAGUCCGGCGGAUCACUGCCGCCUGGGAGUUACCCUGAACCUCCACGUUUAUCAACCAGUUUUAAGAUGAUGUCGACUUCUGCCACCUCAUCACCUGUUAAGUAUGUGAAGCCGGCAACGCCUUCUCCUGAUAAGUCGGGUGGUCCUUCCCAGCCGCGCCAGAGUAGUGCGCCGACUUCGCGAUCGAGGUCGCAGACUAUUGGUUCUCAGGAUAGCGAAGCUGCGCCGUCUAAAGAGCCUUUUGCACCUGGGCACCAUAAGCGCCGGAGCCAGUUGUUUGAUAUUUCACCCUCAUCGUCUGAUAAUGAAGAUCCACGAACCAAGGCCAAGGCUCUUCUGAAGGUCCAGAGACGACGGCAGAGUUCCCGACGGAUGUCACAGAUAAAUCUUGCUGAGGGCCCAUAUUUCCGUCCCCUGGAUGUUCUGAUCUGCGAGGAUCAUCCUGUUUCGAAACUGGUUAUGGAAAGGUUGUUUGAAAAGCUACGAUGCCGCACAAUCACCGCUGUCAACGGAUCGGAGGCCAUGCGCUAUGCGCUCAGCGAAGUCCAAUUCGACAUCAUCAUGAUGGAAUUCAAACUACCACAGCUCAACGGCGCAGAUGUGGCGCGUAUGAUCCGCGAUACCAAGAGCGUUAAUACACAUACUCCUAUCAUCUGCUGUACUGGCUACCUCAAAGACCUUCCGGAAACCCACCACUUCGAUGCGCUUAUCGAGAAACCCCCAACUCUUUCUAAACUCACUGAGACCCUACACAAAUUUUGCCAGUGGAAACCCCCGCCGAAAGAUCACCAACUCAGCCUCACAGCCCAUCAUCCCAUUCUAGCACCAGCUAGCUCCCGCCUGGCAUCCUCAAUGAUGCCACCAGAAGGCAGCCCAAGUUCCAUGUCAUCCAGCUUUGUGGCUGUCCCUACAAGUUCCUACCGCGGCUCCAGUCGCGAAGAUUCCAUUGGCAGCAGCUACUUUGGCGAUGUCGAGUCCAUGAAACAGGAAGAAUUGCCCGUCAUCAUCAGCCGGCAGGCCACGGACGAUUGGGGAAAUUCCCAGUGUGGUGGCAGCGGUGGUGGUCUUGGUAUCUCUGAUGAGCCCAACAUCCCAAGAUCAGCUCCCAUCAUCAUGUCCUCGCCACCCCAGAUUCCAACAGUCCCCCAUGCAGCAUCCGCCCCCUCAACAGUUCUUUCCAUGGCAAUGACAACUCCCGCGGCAGGCAUGGGUGUGGUUACCCAGCGCAAUCAGCCUUCUGUCGAAGACAUUCGCACGAAGCGGGAAUCACAUGGGCGGAGGAAGUAUGAAGGCGCUGAAUCUGGUGAUGAUGAGGACGAGGAGCUCGGCAUUUCCAAUUCGCAGAGCCGGCUAAAGAGUCCUCUGGGUGCCCGGGAGAAGGGAAAGCGCUCUGGAUCCAAAUUGGGGACGGAGAUGAUGCGGACAAAUAGUCGUGGUAGUGUUGUUAGUGAUGCUGGCGAGGUUUUGAGUGGUAGUUGUGCUGGGGUGGAUGCUCCGGCCCCUACUGCUAUUACUCCCGGAAGCACAGCUCCAGAUGGCGAGGCGACACAGUCGUUAGUUGUUGGUGCACCGGGUCCGAGCGUUAACGCCGUGGAGGAAACUCUUGCUGACCUACAAAUUGCGGAUGAUGGCUUGGAAACCUUGCUGGAGGAUAGGGAGCAGGAGGAAUCAUCUGCAUUUACUGAUCCUUUUUCCACCACGAGAACAACCUUUGUUGUUCAAUCACGUCCUCAAAUACAUUCACCGCAUUCAGAAUCUAGAAACGUGGAGUCGGAGCAAGCGGCUUCCGAUGCUCUGGCAGAGCAACGACCAGAUCCCACUUCUCAAUCUCAUCCCCUGCACACGGCUACAUCACAGGUCCCACAAACCCUAUCUACCACCCCACCCUUAGUCUCAACAUCACUACCAAUCACCACUGGGUCCGCCGCUACAACAACAACAACAACCCCACCCAACACCACUGAACAACAGCGCACUCCCGUCGUCACCACCAACCUAGCCGAUUCUCCUGGUGAAGAUGUUACACCGCGCCCCGCGACUUCACUUACGAUGAGCGGGUUUAACCCAGGAAAGGCGCGUAGUACUCUUGCGCCAGAUACAUAUGGUGCUGCGGCUGGUAUUGGUAUGGUCGAUCAUCGCGUGGCCGAUGGCGAGUCUGAAGCUACGCCGCGUGCAUCCGAACGUGAUAAACGGCGCGAGAAAAGUAGGGAGAGGAGGCUGAGGGGGCUAGAUUGGAUACGCCGGUCAUGA